GUUCAUGCUAAUCUGCGCUGGUGCUCUGCUCUGACUUGCCCAUCCUUUGCUAUUUUGCUCAGCAGGCCAGUGUGCAGACUGGGCACGCAGAAGCUCUGCUCCGCUUCGGACCGGUUCUGAAGAUUAAAGAAGAAGAUGACAGCAAUGUAUCGUUCAGCCUGUCUGGAAAACAAGGAACUGAUGGCUUUGUAUGGAGGAGAAGGAGAUCCUUACGGUGGCAGGGAUGAGGACUGUACCAGUGAGGAAUACGAUCUUGAUUCAGAGUGCAGCGACGAGGGAAAAGGCGCCAGAAGCGUUCGCAAUUCUCUGUCCCUGGAAAUCUACGGCUUGCAGAGGGAGAGGCAUGUUUACUUCUCCAACCAGGAGUACUACAGGAGGCUGGAGGAGCUGAAGGCCGCCCACCUGAGGAACAUGGCCGAGCUGGAGAGGAUGUACAUCAGCCAGGGUCGAGGGAGGCCUGGAGAGGAAGAGGACAGAGAGGCCAGACUCUCAGUCAGUAGUGCGCCUGUCAGGAAACUCCAGCGGAUCAAUUCCCAAGAGGAGCUGGAUUUCCAUGAGACAUCAAGCGGUUCUGACCAGUCAGAGCUCUGUGGUGCAGACAUCAUGGGGGAACUGGAGCUGGACAAUCUAAGAAGAGCUGGCUAUGGCCAAACCUUUGGGAGAGACUUCCUGCCGAGCCCAGAAGAUAUGACGAACCAGAAGCAGUUUAGAUUCCAGCCAAAGGCCACCUAUCAGAAACCACAGGCAAGACAGUCCCGUCAGGCUGCAGUCAGGAUUAGGUCUAACUCCAAGAUCACCGUGCCCAAACCCUUUCAGAUGAUGCUGAGAGAGGAGGAGAGGAAGAAGCACAAGGUGCGGACACGUUCGGAGAUCGAGCUGGAGAACACGCUGCUGAGACGGGAGCUGGAGGAGCUCCAAGAGUGCCAGAAAAAGUUCCGGGCAUCGCCAGCACCAGCGCACAUACACCUGCCUCUCUAUGAAAUUAUCAGCCGUCGCUCCAGUCAGCGAUCCAGCCGAAGCAGAAGUGCCGCUAACCGUGACACGAAAAGAAACCGGGCGUCCGCUGCUGCUUCCCCGCAGCCUUUCCAUUUCCUGGAGAGAGAGAGGAGGAAGAGGGAGGCGAAGAUUGUAGCGGAGCUGGGGAAGCUGGUACCAAAGGAGGAACGGCAGGCCUUCAAGGCUAGGCCGAUGCCCAGCUCUGUGUAUGGCAAAGCAGACACCAAGACCAUGAGCCGCCGGCCCCGGUUUCUCAGUAUCUGCACCCUGGAGAGGGAGGCUACGGAAGGCCAAAGUGAUCCAAACUCUGACCUGGAGCUGGAUGUGCUCCACACCAAGUCAGAAACCCUUCCCGGUUCCUGUGGGCCUCAGAGACGUCCAUCCUCCAAGCCAGUGAAGAAGCAGAUAGAGCUGUCCAUUGAGAUGGUGAAGGAGAGUGAGUGGUCCAGCAUGGACCCGCUCAAAGCCGCCACCUCCUGCAACACCUGCUCACCUCUGCAGCCGGGUGGACGCUCCAACAAGAGCGACUACAUCAGUGUGUGAUAGACGGUGUUCAUAAAUCAAGAUGGCACAGAGGGAAGAAACUGUCCAAACUGCUUUUCUUGUAGAUUAGUUUAAUUCUGCAUCAAAGUAAUCAAAGCUUGCAAUAUACUGAACAUUAAUCCUUUUAUCUCCUGCAACAAGCUAUGUGUUGUUUUCAUAAAGCGUUUUUAAGCUCUUAAAUGUAAAUGGAUGGCAUUUUAGUGAGCAAAAUUGUAUUUCUAUCUACAAAUACCUACAAAUUGUAAAGCUGAUUCUUGGGAGAAUUUGAAGCAUACGUCGUUAACAUUCAUGUUUGGUUGCUGUGUCUUCGGUCUCAUCUUUUUUGGUGCACUGCUGGAUUUCUUGCCCCAUUACUGCCAUUAGCUGUCAGUUUGUGGACUGGCAUGAAACCGUCAGCAGGACUGUGACGUCACACAGACGUCUGCGCUCAGUAGUGCUGACAGUGAAUAAGAACUCAUCAGGGUACCUUUAAUGCCCCCCCCCCCCCCAA